GUUCUUUGUUCUGUCCCCAGUGUGUAGGUCCGUGACCGGGUCCAACGGGGCCUGGUCGGAGUCCGGCCCCCCCCCCAAUCUCCCGUGCCUGCCCCCCAGGGUGAGCGCUGCCGCCCCGGGGGUCGCCGGGGGCCGGGGGUGGUGCCCGUGCCCGCCCUCCCCCGCAGCCCGGGGGCGCCCCCCGCUGGGCACGCGCCCCGUGGCCGCCGCGUAUGGCCGCGGGGGGCGCCCUGGCCCGCUGCCGGCUGCUGACACGGCUCCGGACCGCCUGAUCUUGGCGCUGACCGCGGGACUUGCGGUGGCCGGUCCCGGACGCACCGCCAGAGCCCGGCCCGGGGCUGCCCGCACGGCCUCCAGGCGACCCCUGGACAUCCAGUGCCGCGCGGGCAGCGGCUCCCCAUCCCCGCGGCCCACGUAAUUCGGUCUCCGCGAAGUCCCAGCUGCGAAGGGCGUGUAGACAUGUGAGCAGGAUGAAGCGUCCGAACUGGAGCAACCGAAGGUGUUUGGAUAGAGUGAUGUGACCCUUGAACUUUCGCUCCUGCAGAGUCCUCUGAUUCUCAUUCAGACCCUCCAGACACCACGCUUGCACCGGAAACGGGCGCCAGCACCUGGAGCCCUGCUGAUGGAAACGCAGGCGGGUGGAGUCUCUCGGGAAGCUCAGGCCCUGCUGGACAGCACGCUCCCGUCUGCAGCCGUGGGUGCAUUUGCUGACACAGACCGCCUGGGGGACGAGGUGCUGGCGGCUGCGCUCCUGAAGGCCAAGUCACAGGAGCUGGUGACCUUCGAGGAUGUGGCUGUCUACUUCAUCCGGAAGGAGUGGAAGCGCCUGGACCCAGCGCAGCGGGAUCUGUACCGGGACGUGAUGCUGGAGAACUACAGGAACGUGUUCUCACUCGAUGGGGAGACCAGGAUGGAGCACACCAGCAGCAUCCCGGAAGAGGCCGGAGCCCGGGGGCUGCUGGGAAGGUUCCCAAAGGGCGUGUCUCAGGGUCUGCAGUUUGAUGCUGCCUAUGAUGGAGUCAGUCUAAAGAGGCAGCUGAAGCACUCCUCAGGGGACGGACUGAAGAGGAAGCUGCCAGACUUCAGUCCAGUGACGGGUGAAGGCGAGCUCACGCCCCGGGGAGCAGGGGCUGAGAAAGACGGUGACUUGGGGAGCGGCUUCCCCGGGAGCCCCCACCUUCUGGCCCAGCCCCGGCUCCCAGUGGGAGAGAGGCCCCAUAAGUGCGAUGAAUGUAGCAAGAGCUUUAAUCGGACGUCAGACCUCAUCCAGCACCAGCGCAUCCACACGGGCGAGAAACCCUACGAGUGCAGCGAGUGUGGCAAGGCCUUCAGCCAGAGCUCGCACCUCAUCCAGCACCAGCGCAUCCACACGGGCGAGAAGCCCUACGAGUGCGGGGACUGCAGCAAGGCCUUCAGCUGCAGCUCGGCACUCAUCCUGCACCGGCGCAUCCACACGGGCGAGAAGCCCUAUGAGUGCGGCGAGUGCGGCAAGGCCUUCAGCUGGAGCUCCACGCUCACACACCACCAGCGCAUCCACACGGGCGAGAAGCCGUACGCGUGCCGCGAGUGCGGCAAGGCCUUCAGCCGCAGCUCCACGCUCAUCCACCACCAGCGCAUCCACACGGGCGAGAAGCCCUACGAGUGUGGGGAGUGCGGCAAGGCCUUCAGCCAGAGCUCGCACCUCUACCAGCACCAGCGCAUCCACACAGGCGAGAAGCCCUACGAGUGCAUGGAGUGCGGCGGCAAGUUCACCUACAGCUCCGGCCUCAUCCAGCACCAGCGGAUCCACACCGGGGAGAACCCCUACGAAUGUAGCGAGUGCGGCAAGGCCUUCAGGUACAGCUCGGCCCUGGUGCGCCACCAGAGAAUCCACACUGGAGAGAAGCCUUUGAAUGUAAUGGCGAUGGGCAGAAGCUCUCUUCGCGCGUCUGCUGAACUCAACCUGCCGCCAUCCAGCUGAAGGCCCCGCCCGGAGCUCCUGCCUUACCCACCCCGUGGGGAACUGCGGGUCACCCUCGCACUGUAGGCACGGGCAGCUCAGGCCAGUCCCUGGUACCUUGCCCGGGGAAUGGUGCCCCGCCCCGGGGGAGGAGACGGGCUGGGCGGGAAGAGCUGGGCCAUCAGCAGUUUGCACUAGACCUGGUUCCUCGCUGAGGAGCCUUUUUCCCAUGCAGGGAGGGAACAGGGUUCCUCUGCGGGAGCCCGAGAGCCGUGAGAAGCGCGUCCUGGAACCUGCUGUUGGCGAGGGAGGCGCGUUUCACAGCUUUCCAUCCAGAAUGUGCUCCUGGCUUAAUGUCUCUAUGAAAAUGUGCUACCAGGUGGUGGUGGUUUAGCUGGGCUGUGGGGCGCGACCCCAGGACACCCAAUUCUGUAGGGCUUUCGAAGCAGCAGGACCCCAGCCCUGAGGGCAGCGUGGCUGGAGGCCCUUAUUCUCCCUGUGGGCAGGGCUCGCUGGACGUCCAUACUGGCCAGUGAGCGAGUGGCCCGGUGCCUUCCCUUUCCCUGUCCUCUUGUCACUGCUGUGGGGAAUUGAAUCCAGACCCCCCGUUACCGAGAGUCCUUUUAAGGAGCCCACCCGGCCAGCUUACCCUGCCCUGUGUCAUGUACGACCUCUGACAUCUGGCCCCCAAACUCUGACCCGAGUUUGCCCAGGUGGAGGGUGACCUUGUGCUGAGUUCUCCCAGUCCUGCUCACCCUGUAGCAUACAUGAAGUGCACUAUUAAACAGAAUAGUUUUGCAGAAGGA